AAAAAGGUUUAGACUUAGAUGAUCGAAUUUUUAUUGAUGAUUUAGAAAAUUUUCCUGAUGAUAAUGAUAGUGAUAAUGAUCAUUUAUCAGAAAAUAAUGAACCUAUGGAAAAUAAUGAAGAAAAUCAAAAUUUUGAGCCAGAAGAUUAUAAUUGGAACCCAGAGGAUUUAUUAAUGGCUGAUGAUGAUUAG